AUGAGAUUUCAUCGUCAGGGCGUGUCGGCCACCAUCGGUCUACUGCUCAUUGUCCUGCUUGGUUUUUGUUGGAAAAUAUCCAGAUCUUAUCGAAGAGUGUCAACCGGUCUUCCACUUAACGAAUCCGCGAACAAGGUUGCAGAUGUACCUACUAUACGAUGGGACAAUUACCUAGAAUUUGUUAGAGACAUCGAUUUCGACAACAGUACGGCUAUCUUCAAUUCCAUUCGCGCUGCUCUGAGACAAUCUUCGUCUGAUAUCCACCCCUUGGGCGUAUCGUACUUUCCUGCUGUAAUUCCUAAGGGAACUUUAAUGUACCAUUCUGGAUCGGGCGUGCCAACUACUUUUGAAUGGCUAGCUAUGGAUUACGAAUUCAGCUACUCUUUCGGCUUGAGGUCGCCAGCUUAUGGAAGGAGAUCGUUAGAAAGAAAGCACGGAAGGCCCGGUAAUGGCACUCGUGGUAAUCAUCCACCACCGCCACCGCCACCAGACAAAGGAGGCCAGGGCUCACAAAAGAUGCUUACUUACAGAGCGGCACGAGACCUCAACAAAUUUCUUUAUCUUGACGGGGCUUCUGCUGCGAAAACCGACUCAGGUGAGAUGGAUACGCAGCUAAUGUUGUCGAAUGUUAUCAAGAAGAAACUGAAGCUUCCAGAUGAUGAUGAGGAUGAAGAAAGGGCGGAAAGGCUCUACGCCGCCAGAAUAUGCAAGUGGGGGAAGCCAUUCGGGUUGGAUGGCAUCAUCAGGGUGGAGGUGGGCUUUGAAGUUGUACUGUGCGAUUUCUCUGGGGAUAAUGUCGAGCUCGUCUCGAUUCUAGAUAUGGUUCAUCCGAAUCAGUACCUGGAUCUGCCAUCACCUACCGUCAUAUCAAAGGAAGAGGGCUGGCCUCUAGAUGAUAACGGAAAGCUGGUUGAAGAACAGCUGACGGAUGAUCAAAAGGCGAUUCUCGAGAGAGAAGACGGCUGGGCGAAGAUCUUGUCCAAUUUCGACGCUGUUAAGAGUUUCAACUGGAUAAGGGCGGGCGCAGCGCACGACGAUGGGGAGAAUCGGAUUCAUCUUGACUAUCGGUACCUCGUAAGCGGAAUAAACAGGACUUACAUUGCUCCUGACCCCAACAACAGAAGAUUACUCAACGAUGGAAUGACAUGGGAAAAACAACUGGAGAUGGUUGAUGAUUUAGAGAAGGCUCUGAAAGUGGGGUUUGAUGCUUCUAGAAGCAUGAAUUGGCAAGUGGCAUUGGAUGAGCUUGUUGCCAAGUUUGCACCCUUGCUGAAAACUGUUAGUGCCAUUCUCAACAGGACUGGCGAUAUUAACGAGUAUGUGGCGAUAAAUGCAACAGCACUCACGUUGAACUUCUGUCUGCGGUUUGAGGCUGCAGAUAACAACCGUGAUCAGUUUGGUAGUGGAAAAGAUUUUGCUAUUUACCAAUAUGUAAGCCCAUACCAGGAUUUGACGACGGAUGCAGACUUUCUGAUCUGGUCGUCUACUGUAAGCGUUGUAAAAGAGAUAGUUGAUGUGGUUUACAAGGUGAACGAUCUACUGGUACCGGAAGUUCAGUCAUUUAUGAAGGAUAAUAGAACUUCCAGUGAUUUAGAAAGGCACGUUGAAACGGCACGCACUGCUGUUAACGGCUUAAUUGAAUCUCUGGGAUGGAUUGAGCUAAACUAUCGCUGUGAAAGGCAAUGCAACUGGGAUGAGGUUUGCUACACUCCUUCUUGGGGUCCAUCCCCAAUGGGCAUGACUAAGCCUAGUUCUCAUCACGGGGGACUCGGAAUGCACUUUGAUGAAUCUCGGCAGAGAUUGGUUAUCAACAGUGGACUACAGUGCAUUAGUAUAGACGAUUUGCUAGGAAACCAUAAUAAUCAACGCUUCCCAUGA